CUCUCUCUCUCUCUCUCUCUCUCUCUCUCUCUCUUUCUCUCCCUCUCUGCGUUUUCCAAUUUAUUUCUUCAUAUUAAUUAAUAUGAAUUUGAUUUAACCACGAGUGUUCCAAUUCUAUUAAAGUUAGUAAUCCAUACACCCCACACUCCACUAGGGUUCAUCCCCCCAUUCCUCUUAUUUCUUUAUUUGUAUUUAAUUUGUUUGUUGGUUUCUUCUUAUAGCCCCAAUCAGUUUGAUUUUUGUAUUUUCCGCUCAACGUGUUUUGGGUUCCAGUUAAUCAAGCAGCUGUCUAUAACACACAGCGGCUACAAGGGUUUGGAAUUUUCUUUCUCUUUUGCGAUUGCCCACGGACCAGAUUAAUGUCAAAGUCUUUUGGUAGCAUAUUAGCUGGGCGGUGAUUAUAAAAAAGGAGAAUCAGAGAGUCUUUUUGCUGUUAUUUUCACUCGUAUCUUCCGUAUCUGGGCUGGUGGUAUUGUGUGCAACAAUGUCGGUGACCGCCGGUGUUAAUGAUACCGUAAUUGCCAUCCGGGAUAAACUCAAAGGUAAAAUUGGGCAAACCAAAGUUAAAAGGUAUUGGCCUGGUAAAGUUCCUGAGUGGGCUGAUGCUGCUGAUGAAGAUGGGGAUAUUAGGAUGUCCAAAGCAGCUGCUCUGGAACAAGCCUUCCCCGCUCAGGACGAUUCGGACAUUGCUAGAAAAGAUGAUCCUAGGCUGCGUCGUUUGGCUGAAAACAGAAUAGAUAAUCGUGAAGAAGUGAGAGCUGAUCACCGACGCAUCCGUCAGGCUGAGAUUGUUUCAACAAUUGAAGAGGAAUCUAAAAGGCAGGAAGGUUUGGAUGCAGAGGAGGAGGAUGCAGAUGCUUUGGAGGAAAGGAGGAGGAGGAUUAAGGAGAGGUUGCGUCAGAGGGAGCAAGAAGAAGCUCCCCUCCUUCCAUCAGAAGAUGAGGAAGAAGUAGAGGAAGAGGAGGAAGAGGAAUCUGAGUAUGAGACUGACUCUGAGGAAGAACUGACUGGUAUAGCAAUGGUGAAGCCUGUCUUUGUUCCCAAGUCUGAGAGGGAUACCGUAGCUGAGCGUGAGCGCCUUGAGGCUGAAGAGCGGGCACUUGAGGAACUAAAGAAGAAGAAAGUGGAGGAGAGGAAAAAGGAGACAAAACAGAUAGUGGUUGAGGAAAUCCGGAAAGAUGAAGAAAUUCAGAAGAGUUUGGAACAGGAAGCUAAUAUUGCGGACAUUGAUACUGAUGAUGAAAUUAAUGAGGCAGAGGAGUAUGAAGCUUGGAAGACGAGAGAAAUAGCCAGGAUCAAGAGGGAUAGGGAGGAUCGAGAAGCAAUGUUGAAGGAGAAGGAGGAAAUUGAGAGGGUGAGAAACAUGACAGAGGAAGAAAGGAGGGAGUGGGAAAGAAAGAAUCCGAAACCAGCUCCACGACCAAAGCAGAAAUGGAGGUUCAUGCAGAAAUACUAUCACAAGGGUGCUUUCUUCCAAGCAGAUGCUGAUGAUCGUUCUACUACUGCUGGAACAGAUGAAAUAUUCUACCGUGAUUUCUCUGCCCCCACUGGAGAAGAUAAGAUGAACAAGACAAAUCUGCCUAAAGUCAUGCAGGUCAAGCAUUUUGGUCGCAGUGGAAGGACAAAAUGGACUCAUCUUGUCAAUGAGGAUACAACUGAUUGGAACAACCCGUGGACAUACAAUGAUCCUCUUCGGGCAAAGUACAAUGCAAAAAUGGCCGGAAUGAAUGCAUCUAUUUCAAAACCUAAAGGAAGCAAGAAAUUGAAAGAUUGGGAGUCUCAUUGACUUCAGUAUUGUCAAGUCAUCCGGCGCUUUAGUUUAUCAGUUUCAUUUUGUAACUACGUAUUUGCAUUUGGAUGCCAAUGUCUGUUAGGCUUAUGUAGGAUAUUUUUUUUAGUAAUUUUAAGAAUUUUGAUGCUCAUGCUACAUGAAAUCUGAAAAAAGAUGGUUUACAUAGUAGAUUUCUAUAUUAUUACAAGAAGUAAGGUUUUUCUUA